AUGGGCGCCGGCGAAUCGAAGGCGUGCGCAGCCGCGGCGGACCGCAUCCCAGGCUCCGUCGACGCCCCGGACCUGUUCGAGGAGCGGAAACACGCGGGCAAGCAGCGGAUGACGUACUUCCAGGAGUUCUUCCCUGACACAGGGCGCGUCGUCAUGUACUGCGAGUCAGACGCGCGCGGGUGGGGGCAGAACAUGGGCCCGUGGGGCGAGGGCACCCGCAGCGACCGCGGCACCACGAUAUUCACCGUCAGAGGGAGCGACUCGGUGCUGUACGAGCGCAAGUCGGUGGGUCUUGGUGUGGAGGAGCUCUUCUCCUAUAUUUCCGGGGUGACGUUCACGAUUCGCGCGGACAAGGCGGGCUACAUCAUGGUGUCGCGCUCGGACCGCGCGGGCGACGUGGCGUACAUGCAGGCGAGCGGCGGGGGGCUCGGGCUGUUCCAGCGCGUCGACGGCGGCGCCAAGAUGAUCGCCGGCACGGGCGGCAAGGUGCCCGCGCCGGUGGGGCACAAGCGGCGGAAGAUGGUCAUUCCGGCCGGCUGCGACGUGGUGCUCGUGUGCGUGCUGCUGUGCACCGGGCAGGAGAUGCUGCACUUGCUCGAAGGUCAGGGGGGCUGA